ACUACAAAGAGAAUGAAAUAAACAUGGCGUCUUCUAAACUGGAAUACAUUUUGUGGGUCGCAGUUAAAAGUAAAAAGAAGAUGGAACGAAAUGAGAGAACAGGAGUAUAACACCUGUCGAGAACCUUCCAUUUUUGUGAUAUAUUUAUAUAUAUAAACUUGCAGUAUAAUACAGCUAAUGAUUUAUAGUAAUACUUUAUUGAUAUCCCUGGAAGGACAAGUCAGUUACUGUGCAACUUGCUUAAGAACUUUUAUUCUAAUAACUUUUAACAUGUUUUAACCUUAACUGGACACCUUAUUUUCUUUUUAAGUCUGUGAAUUAAACACUCUGUAUAGCUGUAUUUUUACUGAGAGACUGAUCCUGAUAGAUGGCUGACAGCUGCUCAUGGGAAAUGGACGUAAACCCAUGAAUGGUUACCAUCACACAGUGUUGAAUGGAAUGCCAUGACUUUUAGAGCAGUUCUCUUAGGACCUUCUUUGCCUUGCACCCAUCAUAUCCUUAAAUAUUUAAGUGUAAAUAUUGCAAUUACAGUCUAAAAAAAUAAUGGCAUGGGUGAAAUUCUUGAGAAAACCUGGGGGUAACCUUGGAAAAGUUUAUCAGCCUGGAAGUAUACUGUCCCUGGCCCCUACAAAAGGCUUAUUAAAUGAGCCAGGACAAAACAGCUGCUUUCUUAAUAGUGCUGUUCAGGUGUUAUGGCAACUUGACAUAUUUCGACGAAGUUUAAGAGGUUUAACUGGACAUGUGUGUCAGGGAGAUGCGUGCAUAUUUUGUGCUUUAAAGGCAAUAUUUUCACAAUUUCAACACAGUCGAGAAAAAGCACUCCCAUCAGAUAAUAUGAGACAUGCCCUCGCAGAAAGUUUUAAGGAUGAACAGCGUUUCCAGCUUGGAUUCAUGGACGAUGCAGCAGAAUGCUUUGAAAAUAUCCUUGAGAGGAUUCAUUUUCACCUAGUGCCAAACAGUGAAACAGAUAUGUGCACUUCAAAAUCCUGUAUUUCUCAUCAGAAGUUUGCUAUGACACUGUAUGAACAGUGUGUAUGUCGCAGUUGUGGAGCCUCAUCAGACCCAUUGCCUUUUACGGAAUUUGUGCGUUAUAUUUCUACCACAGCCCUGUGUAAUGAAGUAGAAAAAAUGAUGGAGAGGCAUGAACGUCUCAAGCCAGAAAUGUUUGCAGAAUUGCUGCAGGCAGCAAAUACUGCUGAUGACUACAGAAAGUGUCCUAGUAACUGUGGUCAAAAAAUAAAAAUUCGUCGUGUUCUUAUGAAUUGCCCUGAGAUUGUCACAAUUGGUUUAGUCUGGGAUUCAGAACACUCUGACCUGACAGAAGAGGUUAUGCGGAAUCUGGCAACACAGCUUUAUCUUCCUGGGCUGUUUUAUAGAGUUACAGAUGAAAAUGCCAAAAAUAGUGAACUCUUUCUUGUGGGAAUGAUUUGCUACACAAGCCGACAUUAUUGUGCCUUUGCCUUUCACACCAAGAGUUGCAGAUGGGUGCUGUUUGAUGAUGCUAAUGUAAAAGAGAUCGGAACAAAAUGGAAAGAUGUGGUCUCCAGGUGCAUUCGAUGUCACUUUCAGCCACUGUUGCUCUUUUAUGCUAACCCAGAUGGCACAGCUGUAUCCCCAGAAGAUGCUCCAAAGCAGAUCAUUCACUGGUCUCAAUGCAAAGCAGCAGGAGGAAAUGGGGAAGACUUGGGAUUUGAAAAGCAUUCAGCUCCUAAAUCAGACCAUGUGAAAGAGAAUGGAAUUGGAGACCCCACUAACCAAAGGAGUAAUAAAAAAUUUCAGCCAGAUAAUUCAGCGUUCAGUAGAAGCCAUAUUCAAGCUAGUGGUGGUAGAGGCCCAGCAAAGUUAGGUUACAGUGAUCAAAAGGACAGGCUAAAGGACAUAUCCAGAGAGUGUGCUCAGAAAGCUGCUGAUAUGAAGAACUUCUCAUCUUUACGAAAAGAUGCAGACAGAGGACCAAGAAAAGAGCCUGGGAGACAAAGAGAUUUGACUGGGGAAGAUCGUUGCAAUGUUAAGUCGGGGUCUCCUCCAGUUGGAAAUGGACUCAGACCCUGUGCUGAUCAGCGCAUAUACAGCAGCCAGGGAAGAGGCUCCUAUAAACAUGACAACGCACCUCACCAAGCAAAGCUUUCUGUGCAGGGGCUUGGAUCAAAUAAACCAGAAGCUUUUCCUGCUGGGGAGAAACCGGUGAUCAGGACCCGGACUGAUGGUGUCACUGGCUAUGAUACAGACACCAGUCAAGACUCCAGGGACAAGGGAAGUAGCAGCAGAAGCAGAAGUAAAGGUUGGAAACCUAUGCGAGAGACACUAAACGUAGACAGCAUUUUCAGUGAGACUGAGAAAAAACAGCAUAGCCCAAAGCACAAGGCAAAUCCAAACAGUAAAUCUAAGCAUGAAAAGGAACGAAGCUUUAACCAUUGGGCAAAAGAGAACCAAAUCCAGAAAGGUUUAAUGACUAUAUAUGAAGAUGAAACAAAACAGGAUACAGGAAGUCGAAGUUCAUUGGAUUCAGAGGGGAAAGGGAAUGCUGAAAAAAGCAGAGUAUUUACAGAGAGAAAAAUCCACGGUGAUAACUGGCAAAUUCAGAGGACAGAAUCUGGAUAUGAAAGCAGUGAUCACAUCAGUAAUGGCUCUGCAAAUCCAGACUCACCUGUUAUUGAAGGAAUCAAUCCAGCAGAUGUCAAGAAUGUUAAAGAAAGUGCUUCCUGCAGUGAACAGAACUUGUCAACCAAAAAAGCUGAGAAUGUGUUACAUUUAGUAUCCCAGCAGAACAGAAACUUUUAUGAUUUCAGGAAAGACCAGAUCAAUUCAGAAGUUAACUACAGACCUCAUGUUAAUUUCCCAACAGAAUUACAUUUGCAGGUGCCCAGUCUUCCAGUAAAGAGAGCUGAAAUGGCUGAGACCAAUAGGAAAAUUUUCCCAUCAUCAGCUCUACAGCCAGUUCUUAAAGAUAUUGUUAAGUCAGAAAGUAGGAACAAGGCAAGCGACCAGAAUUCUUCAGAGUGGCUUCAACCAGAGAAGUAUGAGAAGAUGAAUGUGUCAAUAUAUUGCGCUGACGGUGUAUCCCACCCCUAUACAGAAAAUGUCUGUGGAAGGAAGCCGAUCAAUAAUGACUUUCACUCCUUUGCCCAGCCCCAGUCUCAUCACGCAAGAACGUUUGGUCCCAAGGUGGGGUGGUCACCUUGUGUGCCACAGAACCCAUCAGAAAGGCCCACGGUGCUUCACCCUCCUGGUGAGCUUGCUGGGCACCCACUCCGAAGGGCGGAUGCUCUUUGGGUGCCUGAAGCAGUGUACCAGAAUCUUCCUCCCCCUUUACCCCCAAAGAAAUAUGCUCUGAAUACUUUGCCAGGAUCAGAAAAUAACUCGACAGCUGAUGUAAAAUCGACAGAAGCGUUGCAAAAUAAUCUUAUAAGGCAAACAGGUACACCAUUAAAAUCUGCUGCAGAAGUAAGUUUAUUUACAAAUGAACAAAGGUUUAAAGAGCCCUUUCAAGGGAAUGAACUGUUUGUUCAUAAACCAGAUUCUCCACCUUGCUUAUCAGUUAAUGACUUUUGGACUGUGUCAGAAAACUUACUAAAGAAAGGAUCUCGUCAUAUGGGACCAAGUGCUGGCUAUGUCGAUGGAAAUGAUGGUGUGUCCCUAACAACAUAUUUUUCAGUAGAUAGUUGUAUGACUGAUACAUACAGGAUGAAAUAUCAUCAGAGACCCAAGCUGUAUUUUACAGAUAGUGGAAGCUUUCACAGAGAAAAGCAUCCUCCAUCAGCUGGAGUAGAACUGAAUGCUACAUACCAUGCUACUGUUGAGUCCAGACAUCCCACGUCUGAGCAAAGGUACAAAGCAAACAUAGAAGGCAUACACUGCAGUAGAUAGAUUAUUUAAAAAAUAAACCAACCAACCUAUUUCUGACUUCAGCAUUUCAUGGGCCCAAACCUUGGAUAUGUGUGUGUGAUAACUAGGUACCCAGUUGACUGUACUUUGCUUAGGAGUUACAACUGUUUAAAUGAAUAUGCAACAGAAGGCCUUGAACAGAGGAGAAGAGGUGCUAAACUUCUGGUUCUUCGAUUUGUUACUCUAGUUGCCUUAAUGCUUACCUCUGUUACUUGUCUUCUACAGUUUAUAUUAAAAAUGGUCCCUUUGGGUGUAUGCAUUUUACAGCAGGGGGAUCAACUAGAUGUUACUAAUUUUGUAAGAAGAUUUAAUCAGAUGCAGUUUAAAAAGUGUUCCUUCAGACUGUGGUCACUACAUACUUAGACUAACAAAAGAGAUAAACAUAUUAUCAUAUAUAGUGCAGUAAAUGUAGUUAUAAUAGAGCAGUAUUUGUUGUGAUGGGUAGCAGGAGGUGACAUGUUUUUUUUCAACAGAUUUCUCUGAGUCUGUGCUUUCACAAACCUUCAAGUGUCUUUAAUGCAAGUUUACCCAGAGAAUUUCUAACUUUUUUAUUUGAAAAGCCUUAAUAAUAAUCUUUAAAAACGGUUCUGGUUUGCAAGUGUUAAAUGAGAUUUUAAAAGGGAAUUCAAGUAAACUGCAAUAAUAGAUUGUCCUAUUAAUAUACCUGCUCUACAUUAGUGUGCAUUUAAAAACACAUCAGAUUUGUUCACCCUAUAAGCUAUAUACUUAUUAAAAUUAAAUCUAACCAUAUAAGCUACAAACUGAUAGAGCAGAAUAGUGUGCUAAUUUUAAAAUACAGAGUUAUCAUGCAACUAUGACAGGUUAAUUUUGUAAAGGUUUAGUUGUAUUUACUACUUAUGUUCAGUUCUGAUUUAUUCUGCAAUUGCAUGCAAAGCCAAUGCUGCUAUUUAUUGAACUUCCUUUUUUCAGCUUGACAUUUUGAGCAAUGUUUAAUGGGGAUCAGACACUUGAUUUUACUGAUGACUUUUUUUCCUGUUUGAAGCAGUUCUAGACAUGGAUAACGUUCCACAUUAGCAGAUCAUGCUGGCUGAGCCUGCAGCCAUUUGGACCAAGAUGGCUGAGGGGGCGUGAGAAGAGGUUCCUCUCUUUCUCUGCUCUAGCAGUCUGCCCUGUAGUUUUGGCAGCUCUUGCAUUUACCAUGUCUUUUGGUAACAAAGAGGAGGAUUUGAUUGGCUUUUUGGUUAGUUAAAUCAGUGCAUAGAAUUAUGGCCCAAUGAGGGCUGGGGAGGAAAAGGCAAAUGGGAUUUUGCCUUUGUUGCAGCCAUGAGUGUUUGAAGUCACCCACAGUGUCUUGUGGUGUCAGAGGCAGGGGCUUAGAGUUCUGUUUCCGUCUUAUAACAGUGAACAAUGUAUAAUUUAGAAUUAAUGUCAGUGAAGCCUCACGCAAUCUGAAAAGGUUAAGUUUUUGCCAUUAUUCGUGUUAGUGGUAACUUGGGAGUGCUGCCGAUCACAUAUGAACAUCAAUGCCUUUUAGUUAUGAAAAUAAUGCAAGAAGGUUAAAUAUGCAUAAUAAACACUCUUGCUUAUACUUGCACUGUUAGUCAGAAAGGCUUUUUUUAUGUGAGUUUUAGCGCUGCAACCAAAUGUUGGCAAUUGUUUAGCACUAUUAUCCAAGGUAUACAUUUAAACAGUAGUUUUGGUUAUUCUGUGUCAAGGUCAGUUUUUUUUUUUUAAACUACAUGUAGCUUACAGUAGAACUGGAACAUGAUAUAUGCAACAAACCAGGUAUCUCAGAUUAAUCUUCUUUCUGCCUUGUUGAUCAAAAUUUGUUGUAGCACUUGGAAAAAAGAAUUUUAGAAUUUGUAGUGCAAAUAAUUAUGCAUGUUUAGGUGUGGCUGCUGGUAAACAGCAACUGAAAAAAAUAAUCCUUUUGUAAGAAAAUCGGUUGAAUACAGAAAACCAUGAAAAUGUAGGAACUUACUGUAAUAUUUUUGAGAGAGAUUUGAGAGCUUGUAAAUUAAACUUUUCUAGUUUAUCUAGCAAUGUUACAUUAUAUACUCAGUUAACUGUCUUCUAAUACUUGUGUAAAAACAAAGAUUAUUGGAAUUUGUAAAUAAUGUAUAAUUUGUAAAAUGUUUUGCAAAAAUCUUGUAUUUGAAAUGACAGUAUUUUUGUGUAUGAAUAGCACAGCAACAACUGUGAAUGAUGUUAAAACACUUUUUUAAACAUCCAUAGCAAUGUUCAUACUUCUGUACAAUGAGCAAUAUGAAUGCCUAUUACUGAUACCAAUGAAUUUGGCUUCCAGUAAGCACAACUGGUAAACUUAUUUUUAAAGUACCUGCAGUAAUUUAGGUGUACUUCAGUCUUCUUGCUUUGCUUCAAACAAUCUUACCAGACAACUUUCUAUGUGGCCCAUGUUUACCAGGUAUUUAAUUAUAGUAAAUAGACAGCUAAUCGAGGCACCUUUGUUUUUAUAUUUGACUCUGCACUCCAUGUAUGUAUGUACGUAAUAUAUGCUAACUAAUAUGUGAUAACUUGUUUUAACUUACCUAGGGUGCCUAUUUAUUUUUUUACAAAUGUCCCCUUCUGGCUAUAGAUUUAUAUAAGAGCCUAGACAAUUUUUGUAACAGUAAAGACAUUAACAAGUCUUGUAAUUAAUAUAUUUUUCAGUCUUUAGAAUUAUUUUCAUGCAAAGUUCUGCUUGUUAAAACUAUCAGAUAAAAAUUUAAAAUAUC